AUGGAUCAUCAUUUUACACAAUUAAAAACACUUUCUGACAAAUUGCAGAGCGAAUACACAACAUUAAAUGAUGUAGUUAUCAAAACAACUUUCAUUGACAACAAGUCACACUCAUUAUCUCAAAGACUUACUGAUGCAGAAGGAUUUUAUGAUAAAAUUGAAGAAACUUAUUUAAAAAGAAAAGUUGUAAUUCAGUCAUUUGCCGACGUUUUAAAAGAACUUGAUGUAAUAACAAACCAAAUGAAAAAUGAUUUUAAUGAAGUUUCAAAGCAAAAUGAAUUUAAAAUAGCGCAGGAUGUUAUUAAUAUACAAAUUUCAAUAAUUGAAGAACAAUACAAAAUAAAAACUAAACCGCUUGAAGAACAACUCGAACUUCUCAAUUCUGAAAAAAUGCUUAAAAUCGAGCAAAUCAAAAAUUGUGAGAUGUAUAGAAAGUACGCAGAAAACGCAGAUAUACCCUUUUUAAUAUCUCUUGAAGAACAAGAUCGCUUAGAAAAUCUUUUGAAUAAGAAGAUAUCAAGUGUUGUGUUUAAUAGUGACGUAGAUGACUGGUCAAAUGACACCUCCGUGUUUGACUCUAAAAUUAUCAACAAAAGUAAUUUGUGUUUUUUAAUUGAAGAUACAAAGAACAACAAGUUUGGUGGCGUGUUUUUUGAUAAAAUCGAUGAAACGAAUAAAUUUAAAAUCGAUGACAAAACGUUCGUCUUUUCGUUGAAGAGAAAUGGAAUUUUUAAUACAAAAAUAUUCAACGUGAAACAAAAAUGCGACGCGUUUAAUUUGUACACACAAAAAGAACGUUAUAAUAGACUGUUUGCAUUUGGGUGUAAUUAUAUCAAUGACUAUGACAUCGGUGUUUAUAAAAAGGGAGUAGAUAAAAAUCAUUGUCACUCAUACAAAUUUGCAACGAGUGAAGGUGAUUUAAUCGAUGGCGACAAGUUUACGCCAAAAAGAAUAUAUCCAUACAUUUUUUAUAUUAUAAUUACAGAUUGUCUAUUUAACAUUAGCCGGCAACUAAACAUUAGCCCCUUAAAACUAUUAUUUCGGUAG